CAGAUGGCAUUGUCCCAGAUGGCCACAGAGCUUCUCCUGGCCUCUGCCGUCUUCUGCCUGGUGCUCUGGGUGGUCAGGGCCUGGCAGCCUCGGGUUCCCAAAGGCCUGAAGAGUCCCCCGGGGCCCCGGGGCUGGCCCCUGCUGGGGAACGUGCUGACCUUGGGGAAGAACCCACAUCUGGCGCUGUCCAGGCUGAGCCAGCGUUAUGGGGACGUGCUGCAAAUCCACAUUGGCUCCACACCCGUGCUGGUGCUCAGCGGCCUGGACACUGUCCGGCAGGCCCUAGUGAGGCAGGGUGAGGAUUUCAAGGGCCGGCCCGACCUCUACAGCUUCACUCUGAUUACCAAUGGCCAAAGCAUGUCCUUCAGCCCAGACUCUGGACCAGUGUGGGCUGCCCGCAGGCGCCUGGCCCAGAGCGCCCUGAAGAGUUUCUCCAUUGCCUCCGACCCGGGUUCCUUGUCUUCCUGCUACCUGGAAGAGCAUGUGAGCAAGGAGGCCGAGGCCCUCCUCAGCAGGCUGCAGGAACAGAUGGCAGAGGUUGGGCACUUUGACCCCUACAACCAAGUGCUGCUCUCAGUGGCUAAUGUCAUUGGUGCCAUGUGCUUUGGGCAGCACUUCCCUCAGAGCAAUGAGGAAAUGCUCAGCCUCAUCAAGAGCAGCAGUGAUUUUGUGGAGACUGCCUCCUCCGGGAACCCUGUGGACUUCUUCCCCAUCCUGCAGUAUAUGCCCAACCCCGCCUUGCAGAGAUUCAAGGCCUUUAACCAGAAGUUAGUGCAGUUCCUGCAGAAAAUUGUGCAGGAGCACUACCAGGACUUUGACGAGGUGAGCCCAGGGUGUUGGUGGUGAGGGGACACCCUGCGGGGCCUGGGUGUAGCCACUCUCACCCAGCCUCCAGGUACACACACUGCUGAUGUGCUGCGAAGGCCUAGGAAGGCUCUGGAAUGCCUUGGAUCAGCUGUGUGACCUGGGACCAAUCCCUCUCCCUCUCAGGCCUCAGUUUUCUCAACCAACUGCCUCCCUCUCAGGGUCGCUCAGAGCCCCAGAGAUAUUUGCCUGUGAAUGGGGCCCUGGCAGAGUGCCACAUGCGUGGGGGGGGGGGGGGCUGUUAUCAUGAGAAGGCUUUUGUUCUGCAGGAACCUGAACCCUGACAGAAGCUAAUCCGCAGCUCAGGUGGCACUUGGCUUCCCAGUACUUCCCCCAACCCCCUCCCUUGAAAUUGGCCCCCUUGGGUUAUUGGGAGGAAGGGCACCCAGGGCUGCUACCAGCCCCCCCGGAAGCUCAGCUUACUGCCUGGAGGCCGGGCGGGAGUGCCCUGUGGGGUAGGGCAAGGUCUGACCUGGACGUGCCAGGGUGCCCCAAGCUUGUGUCCCCACAGAGCAGCAUCCAGGA